AUGCUUGGUGCAGGCUUCGUGACUAGACCAACGCUUGACAUUCUCAGUGAUGCAGGCAUUGAAGUCUCCGUUGCUUGCAGAACUCUGGAAUCGGCUAAGAAGCUCUCUGCCGGUGUGAAGAACGCCCACCCGAUCUCCCUCGACGUCACAGACGACAAAGCUCUUGAUGCUGAAGUUGCAAAGAACGAUUUGGUCAUCAGCUUGAUCCCCUACACCUUCCACGCAACAGUCAUCAAGUCUGCGAUUCGAAACAAGAAGAACGUCGUGACAACCAGCUAUGUCUCCCCCGCGAUGCUGGAAUUGGAAGAAGAAGCCAAGAAGGCCGGCAUCACAGUCAUGAACGAAAUUGGCCUCGAUCCUGGAAUCGACCAUUUGUACGCUAUCAAGACGAUUGAGGAGGUACACAGGGCUGGAGGAAAGAUCCUGUCAUUCUUGUCAUACUGCGGUGGUCUUCCCGCCCCAGAAGCUUCAGACAACCCUCUUGGCUACAAAUUCUCCUGGUCAUCACGCGGAGUUUUGUUGGCAUUGAGAAAUGCAGCAAAAUACUACCAAGACGGCAAGGUUGUGGACAUUGCAGGAAAAGAUCUUAUGGGUACAGCAAAACCAUACUUCAUCUACCCCGGCUACGCCUUCGUCGCCUACCCAAACCGCGAUUCUACACCCUACAAAGAACGCUACAAUAUCCCCGAAGCGCAGACCAUCAUCCGCGGCACCCUCCGUUAUCAAUGUUUCCCAGAAUUCGUCCGCGUUCUGGUUGACAUGGGUUUCCUCUCCGAUGAAGGAAAGUCCUUCUUGCAGGAACCAAUUUCCUGGAAGGAGGCAACGCAGAAGAUUCUCGCAGCCACCUCGUCCAGCGAGCCAGAUCUCAAAUUGGCAAUCGCGUCGAAAGCCUACUUCAAAGACACCGAAGAGAAGGAGCGCAUCCUCGCUGGUCUGCGCUGGGUAGGUAUCUUCUCUGACGAGAAAAUCAUUCCUCGUGGAAAUCCUCUCGAUACCUUGUGUGCUACGCUGGAAAAGAAGAUGCAGUUCGAGAAAGACGAGCGAGAUUUUGUUAUGCUGCAGCAUAAAUUUGAAAUCGAGAAUAAGGAUGGGAGCAAGGAGACGAGAACCAGCACGCUAGUCGAGUAUGGUGAUCCGAAGGGGUACUCGGCUAUGGCCAAGCUGGUCGGUGUCCCGUGUGGUGUUGCGGUGAAGCAGGUGCUUGACGGGACAAUCUCCGAGAAGGGGAUCUUGGCUCCCAUGUCUUCGAAAAUCAACGACCCGCUGAUGGAGGAGCUGAGGAAGUACGGGAUCUUCUUGGUUGAGAAGACCAUCUCAUAG